UUCCAAACAAUAAUUGUCACUCUCUGUACUCCUCUGGCAACCAAAAAAAAAAAAUCCCAAAAAACUCCACACUUUAUCUCCUCCAAAACCCCAUUUCACCCACUUCCCCAAAAGUCACCAGUCAACGAUCCGCCGGCGUUACACACUUGCCGGCAAUGUGGAACCUCCGUUUCCUUCUCCGUCUCCUUCCGUUACUCUGCUCGAUCCCGUUUAUUGUUGCUCAAGGAUCUGAUCCCCAAUCUUCCCCAUGGCUAACUUUAACAGGUAGCCCUCCGUUGGUGGUGGCACACGGGGGAUUUUCAGGGUUGUUUCCUGGAGCUAGUUUUAAUGCGUAUUCAAUCGCGUUGCUUACGAGUGUACCCGACGUGCUUUUGUGGUGUGAUGUGCACUUGACUAAGGAUAAUAAUGGGAUCUGUUUCCCUAAUUUGAAUUUAGCGAAUUCGUCUACGAUUGAUUCUCCGAGAGAUGAAAAGACGUAUAGUGUUAAUGGAAAAGAUGUGAAAGGAUAUUUUCCUCUUGAUUUCACACUUGAUGAUCUAGCCAAUGUGUUUUUGGUACAAGGGAUUUACUCUAGAGCCCCAAAUUUCGAUGGUACUUCUAAAAUUCUUGCUGUUGAUGAGGUGGCGGCGAUAAUACCGACAGGAUCACAGGCGGGACUGUGGUUGAAUGUCCAGUAUGAUGCGUUUUACGCCAAACAUAAUUUGAGCAUGAGAAGUUAUGUGUUGGCUGCUUCGAGAAAAUUUGGGAUUAAAUACAUCUCAUCACCCGAAGUGGCUUUUCUAAGAGGUAUUGUGACAAGGUUCAGUCCGAGAACGACGAAAUUAGUGUUUCGGUUUCUCGGACCGGAUGAGGUCGAGCCUACAACGAACCAAACAUAUGGCGCUCUUUUGAGGAAUCUGACAUCGAUCGCAAAUUUUGCUCAAGGAAUUCUUGUUCCGAAAUCGUAUAUAUGGCCUGUUGGGAGUGAUUUCUAUUUGCAGCCGUCGACUUCUUUGGUAGCGGAUGCUCAUAAAGCGGGUCUGGAAGUUUUCGCUGCGGAUUUUGUUAAUGAUUAUCCACUCCCGUACAAUUACAGUUAUGACCCUGUACAAGAGUAUCUCCAGUAUGUUGAUAAUGGCGCUUUUGCUGUUGAUGGUGUGCUUUCUGAUAACCCGAUAACUCCAUCCGCAGCGUUUGAUUGCUUAUCAGCCUUGGGCCCAAACAAAACUCAAGCGAAACCUUUGAUUGUAUCAUAUGAAGGAGCAAGUGGUGAUUACCCGGGGUGUACUGAUAUGGCAUAUCAAAAAGCUGUUUCCGAUGGUGCGGAUAUUAUCGAUUGUCCUGUUCAAAUAACGAGUGACGGGAUACCUAUUUGUUUAGGUUCGAUAAACCUCCUUGAUCGAACAAACGUCGCCCAGUCGGGAUUCACUAAUCUUACCGCAACCAUUCCCCAACUUCAAACCGGUCCCGGAAUAUUUAGCUUUCGUCUCACGUGGGAUCAAAUUCAGAGCUUACAUCCUGUUAUGUUCACGCCAUAUACGAACUACACUCUACCAAGAAAUCCGAGAGCGAAAAAUGCUGGCAACUUGAUGAGACUGUCUGACUUUUUGGAUAUUGCUAGUAAUGCUACUUCGGUUUCUGGUGUCUUGAUCAACAUUAAGAAUGCAGCUUACUUAGCUGCUAAUGAGGGAUUGAGUAUAACAGGUGCAGUGAUGGACGUUUUGAAUAAAUCUAGAAUAAAUAACCAACGGACCAAGAAGAUUUUGAUCGAGUCAUCGGACAGUGCGGUUCUGAAACUGUUCAAGGCAAGAAGCAACCGGCAUGAGCUUGUUUACGAAGUUGAUGAGAAUAUACGCGAUGCCACCAAUUCAACGAUUGAAGAUAUCAGUGAAUUUGCGAAUUCUAUUAUUAUUGGGAAAGAAUCUGUGUUUCCGAGAAACCAAGGGUUUCUUGGUGAUCAAACGGAUGUUGUUGCAAAGCUUCAUGCUUACAAGCUCCAUGUGUAUGUACAGUUUUAUAACAAUGAGUUUAUUUCUCAGCCGUGGGACUUCUUUUCGGACCCGUAUGUCGAAAUCAACUCGUAUGUUAAUGGAGCUGACGUCGAUGGUGUUAUCACGUCUUAUCCAGCUACAUCUUCUAGAUACAGAAGGAACCGUUGUCUAGGGUUAUCGGCCGACCAGACACCACCAUACAUGACUCCAGCGGGGCCCGGCCAAUUAUUCUCGCUCAUGACGCCUCAAAUGAUGCCACCGGCUGAGGCUCCUAACCCUAUUUUGGAAGAAGAUGACGUGGCUCAAGGACCGAUACCCCCUGCUACAAAACCAUCUCCGCCAGCUGGCACUGGGGGAGCACCACCACAGGCUCCACCAAGCGGUCAACCACCUAAAACUGUUGUUGGGAUUGUGUUUUCUGUUGCGGCUGUUGUUGGGACAAUUGCAUUGUUGUUUUGAGGGGACAAACAUGCGGUUUUCUGGUGCGAUGAGUCUGGGGAUGAUUUAGGACUACUUUGUCAUUGGGAGUACUGUGCAUUUCUUGAUUUUGAUUUAUGUUUGUAAGUAGUAAUUUAUUUGUCGUAUGUAAGUUGAAACGACCAUUUAUCAUGAGGGACAUAGGUGACAUAUUCGUUGUAACGGUGAAUAAAUAUUGGUUUUGAAAAUGGAUUGAUCUGUGAUUGUUGAUUCAAGAUA